AUGUGCGCUGGUAAAUGCGGUAGUCAAAGCUCUGACGGCAUAUUCUUCUGCAUCUCCAUUCUGCUCGGUAAGGAAGCUGUCGCUCCCUGUCUUGAUCGAUCCGACGUCUAUGUCGACUUCAAAAACCACCCUAAGCUCGACCUCGAUUUCAACAUUUACUUCCAGUUCAUCUUCCAAAUCAACCUCAUUGUCGACUACAACACCAAUGUUGAACUUGACUUCGAUUUCAACAUCUACUCGCACUUCAACUUCAAUAUCAACAUCGAUUUUUACGCCAGAACCGAUACCAACGCAGUGCUACAAUAA